GAUGAUUGCACCACGAGCACCCGCAUCCACGCAGAACUGUACCUCGUCCAGCUCUUCCACAAGCGCAAGCUCCCAUUUGUCGACGACGAUAAGUUCGUGGGCUGCAGCAAGCCUGCGUGUUAUCUGUGCUAUGAGUAUAUUGCUGCUCUGGAUGCGGGGUUUGCGCUGCCGGCGAGCCAUAACAAGGUGUAUUUAAAGUGGGCGCCGCCGAGUUUAGGGGUUGGGGGUGUGAAAGGCAAGGAGAGGGAGGAGAAGGAGAUGGAGGGGUGCUUGAAUCGCAUGACGGCGCGGGUGAGGAGGCAUGUGCAGGAACAGGUUGAGGGGAGGAUGGAGAGGCGGUGGGGGCACCCGGAUUCGACGACGGGAGUGUCGACGGCGGUGUUGAGGGUGGAGGAGGAUCAGGGGGAAGAGAUGGGAGGGUCCUUUUAUGUCUCUAAUGAGGAGUUUGAUGAGGGGAGUGAUGAGGGGAUUUGA